AUGGCUGCAAGGUACAUUCACAAGCAUUUUGCUGUCCUUGUCAGGGCCAUUUGCGACGUCGAGAGAACCCACACGCACAGGAAUAAAUUCGGAAGCAACUUCCUUUCCUUGGCAAACGAGCCCAUGAUCAAAUGCGAUUUGGCACUCUUGGCUGAUUUUGAUAAGAUCUACUUCAACCAUCACAUGGAAUUCAGUCAUACCCCUGACAAGAACAUUGGACGAAGCGGUUUCCUAGCUCCACAUCACCCUGUACGAUACUUCUUGAAGGUGAGCAAGUUGCAGGAGUUGGAAGAGGAGGUUGAAAAAGGAACACUGUACAUCAAUCAAACCCCCAAAAGUGCAAAGCUUCCUUCCUUCUGGCAAGUGAUGAGGGAGUGUGAAGGCUUGGUGGAAAUCGAAGCUCAGAUUGAUCGUGCCAGAAAGUUUCUUGAGGUGUAUAAAGGCUCCCUUCACAAGCACAACAAGCACUUUUGUAACGAGCUCUUGUUUCUUGGAUGCUUUGGUGAACAAUCAACAGCGACAAUUGUUGCAAAAUAUCUGACAAUAUCGAGCUUAGGAAAUGAUCCCUCUGUUGAAGAUUUAAUGGAAGGACAAAAAAGGAAGUCGAUCAAGUCUACCAUGCACAACGAUAAAACAAUUGAUCUUGAGGCGUUUGCAGAUUUCUUGAUCAAAAGUGCAAAACCGGAUUGUGUCAAUACCAUACACUUUUGCCGACUACGCAAUAGCAUUGAUAAGAUAUCAUGCCAUGCAGAUUUUUGGAAUCUGACAAUUGAGUUGGGACAUGAAGAUAGGUUUUUUUUUAUUUGA